AUGUGUUCCGGGAGAAGAAGCCAUCGAAAUACUCCAUACUUGUCAUGCUUGACUGGUUGGGGUCAUCAUGGUGGUGUACGUAUAGCUGCUAAAGUCCUCCAAAGUGACUACUACUGGCCGUCACUAUACAAAGAUGCUGAUGAGUUUGUUGAUAAGUUCACUCAGUGUCAGAAACAAGGUGGAGUGUCCAAAAGACACAAGUUGCCUCUUAUGCCCAUUUUAGAAGUUGAGCUAUUUGAUGUUUGGAGAAUAGAUUUCAUGGGCCUAUUUAUGAGUUCAUUUGGUAAUAAGUAUAUCUUGGUGGCCGUAGAUUAUGUUUCUAAAUGGGUGGAGGCUAUUGCACUUCCAAACAAUGAAGGGAAAAGUGUUGUUCAAUUCCUGAAACGCUACAUCUUUGCUAGAUUUGGUACUCCUCGGGCUAUUAUUAGUUAUGGGGAACCCCACUUUUGCAACAAGUGA